AUGUCCAGACCAGAGGGCCCUGGCUUUCACCCAUGGACACUAUUUGAACUGCUGGGACAGAGGAGCAUUGUGGGAUUUGGAGUCCUCAUCACCUGGCUGAUUCUCUUCCACCUCUUGGUGAAUGUAUGGUUGCUCUGCGUCUUCACCAGCCUCUUGGUGGUACUGGGGGGUUGGCUGGGGUCUCGGGCAGCUCUGGAUGCUAACAGUCUCCUACACCUGGAACACUUCUUGCCUCUGAGCGAAGCUCCUCCCCCACAGACGUCAGAGAGCGAACGAAGACUGGACUGGGAGAUCCACAGCGCAGUGGAAAAAGCCGUGCGGGACUUUGUGUCGUCAUGGUAUCGCGCUUUGCUGUCCGAACAGGAGGGCGAGUUCGAGACGGAGGUCCGCGACGCCAUGUUAGCGGCGGCCGCCGAGCUGAAGAGGCGGGCGAGGAGGGUCGACAGGCGGCUGUUGGCGCAGAGAGUCCUGGAGCUUUGCGGAUGCCACCUGCAGAGCUACAUUCACGCCCGGAAGCUGCAGGAAGAGGCGUCGUCGGUCAAGCCUCGACAGCAGGAAGGGCUGGAGAACGAGGGAGGGAGUCCCGGGUUUGACCUGUGGACAUUGUACAAAGAGGCUGACACACCUCACUUUGCCCUGGCCAGUCCUGCCACUGAACUGAACUAUUCGAAAGCUGUGGUGAAUAUCCUCCUACAGGUGCUGGUACCCUAUCCUCACCUGGAGACCCGUACAGGCCGUUACAUGGUGUGUGAGCUCAUCACCUGUAAUGUGUUGCUGCCACUGGUGGCCCGAGUGUCCAACCCAGACUGGCUAAACCUGACCAUUGUGGACAUGUUUGACAGGUCAACAAGACCAGAGGAUCCAGCAGAUGCUAAAACCCCGCCUUCACCUCCAAUAGGACCUCCAGAGUCAAACCCCAAAUUUCAGGAACAUUCCCUUGACCCCUCAGCUUCGUGGGACCAACGCGCGGCAAUCAACGCUCAGAUGGAAACUUCCAUCCCGAUGCUAAUCACCAAAGACUCAACCGAGUCAUUUUUCCAGACUCCGUACUCGUCGACGGAGACCCUUCAAGGGGGCGGCCUUGGGCACCUUUACACAGACAAGGCUGACAGAGACCCUGUGGAGCUCUUGAGAUCUCCCUACAGAACCAGUCGCCUUUAUCGGCACCAUGACUCGGACCUGGACUCGCCCUGCACAGACAGAAAGAUCUCCAAUGAAACUUUAGAGCAGUCAGACCUUGAGGAAGACAAAGUGGAAAGCUUCUGUGAUUGCGUGUCUCCCACCGACUUCUGUGGUCUGGUCUGCCUGGAAGAAGACUCGCUGGGCCUUUUGAGGAAACGUUUCCACCCAAAGGUGUUUGUGUCGGAACCCCGGUCCCGGCCCGAGAGCCCGGUUGAGGACCCUUCCCUAGGGGUGUCCCCCCAGGCCACAAACCCAGGAGCUAGUGGUCUUUGUCUGAACCCUUAUGGUUUUGAGUCCUUGGGAAGCCACGAGGGACCAGCUGUGAUCCAGAACUUGCGCAUCAGUGGUACUGUCUCAGCAAAGGAACAGAAGGGCAACAGCACACACCCCUACACACUUUACACUAUUAAGUAUGAGACCACUGCGGACCCAGACACUGAUCAGCCUGUUGGAUAUCACAUGGUGAAUCGACGUUACAGUGAAUUUCUCAACCUUCAGACUCGUCUUGAGGAGAGGGCUGAACUGAAGAAGGUGAUCAAAAACGUCAAAGGACCUAAGAAGCUCUUCCCAGAUCUUCCAUUCGGGAACCCAGACACCGACAAAGUGGAGACCAGGAAAAGCCAACUCGAGUCAUUCCUUAAAAAACUGUGUACCAUCCCAGAGACGGCUCAGAGUGAGGAGGUUCAGGAGUUCCUGGCCCUCAACACAGACGCCAGCAGGAGCUUCGAGAAGAAACCGGGUGGUUUACGCAUCGACAAGAUGAUGGAGAAUAUUGUCGAUACGCUGAAGACAGCGUUCCCGCGCUCGGAACCGCAGAGUCCCACAGAAGAGACGGAACCGGACAUGGAUGGGAGGGCGACGCUAGACAGCCGGAAAAUCAAAUCACGUUUGAGAUUCUCCAGUAAAAUUGCUCCGACCCUCAACGUGCCGGACCUGCAGCCUAAAGUACUGUACUGCUUCAGAGAGGGAAGUCCUGUGUUCAGGGGUCUCUCUGUGUCGGGGUUUGAGUCUUACGUCAGGGCUCAGGAGAAGCUGGUGGAUGGGAUCCCUGAGGUUAACUGUGUCAGUCAUCACCAUGACGACCAGGAGGUGCAGGUUGAUGACAGACGACCCAGAAUAACAGUGUUAAACGUUACAGACACAGCCCUGGCGGAUGUGGCUCUGAACAUCCUUUGCCUGCUGAUGAAGGACCAGUGGAGCUGGUUAUGCACAGAGAACAUCCAGAAGGCCAUCAGACUGCUCUUUGGCACCUUCAUUGAGAGGUGGCUGGACCUGGGAAUAGCACACCUGACGAGCGCGCCGUGUUGGGUGUUGUACCUGCAAGUGCUACAGGAAGCUGUUUGGCCGGGUGGAGAGCUGCCUGCGGAACCACAACCGGAGAGGAGCUCGGGGCAGCAGGAGGAGACGAAGCAACAGUGCCUACAAUGCCUCAUGUCUCUGCUCCCAGAGUUCAUUCCUGAUAUGCUGAGUCCGGAUAAAUACAGAUUAAGUUGGGAACUCGUGCUGGAGUCUUUGCAGAACCCCGAUAUUAACAGACAUCUGGUCUACUGCAUCUUUGAUCUGCUCUUGGAGUUCCUGAUUCCGGAAUCUUCUGACAAGGCCUUCCAGAGGUCCCUGGUACAUAGCCUGUCUAGAGAUGUGGAGAGAACGUUGACAUAA